GUCUUCUUUCUUUCUGUCUUUUUAUGGAGGAAAAAAAGAUUGUAAGCUUUGAAGAGUAUAAACUGCCUCCAUUAGGCCAUGCUGUAUCCGGUGCUGUAGGGUCAACCAUUGCGAAUUUAUUUAUAUAUCCACUUGAUAUUUCAACCACUCGAUUACAGUUAAAACAAGACAAGGAAGAGAAUGAAGGCAUACUUUCUACCAUAAAGUCAAUUUAUCAAAAAGAAGGCGGCAUCAAGGGACUCUAUGCUGGAUUAGGAUCAGACACGCUUGCUACCGUCCUAUCAAGUUUUAUUUAUUUCUACUGCUAUACUGCAUUAAGGAAUGUUCAGGAAAAACUAAAUACGCGAAUGGGUAAACCAAACGCUCAGUUAAAUAUAGCUCAAGAACUCUUUUUGGGGGCUGAGGCUGCUUUAAUUUCUCGAUUCUUUACGACACCUGUGUCCAAUGUGACGACUCGACUCCAGACCAACGGUGGAAAUGGAGGUUUUAGGGCAACAGCCAUGUCUGUGUUUGAUCAGAAAGGUAUCACCGGCUUUUGGACGGGAUAUCGUGCCUCGAUGGUCUUGGUCUCCAACCCGUCCAUUACGUACUUUGUCUUUGAAAAACUAAAAGCGUUUUACCUGCAAACCAAGAAAAAGUCAAGUUUAUCUUCUUUUGAAGUCUUCUUGUUCUCUGCCCUAUCAAAGAGUAUUGCAACCAUGAUCACCUAUCCUUUUAUCUUUUUACGCACACGAAUGGUGAGCGGUAAAAAUGACCGAGAGAAGAGUGAAGAUGAAAAAGUCAAGACGAAAGGUAUGGUGGAGACAUUAAAGGAAGUAGUUGAAAAAGAUGGAAUGAUUGGAUUGUAUAAAGGAAUGAAGGCACAACUCAUUAAAGGAUUCUUUAACCAAGGCAUCAUGUAUAUGAUUAAGGAUUACGUAGCAACCUAUCUCACCCUUGUAUUCUAUCACUCAUAUAAAUUAAAAAUGAAGGCCAAACUUGGCGUGUAAUUAAUUAUAAAAUAAACAUUUAUAGACAGAUAUCCCA